AUGGACGCUGUGGACCAGCAGGCAACUCCACAUCCACUCCAGGAGCGAGUUCAAGCUCUGACUCAAGAAAAUUUGAAUCUACAUGAAAAACAUGAGCAGCUUUUCAGAAGGGUGGAAUACCUGGAGAGAAGACUGGGCCAGCUGGCCAGCUCCAACACGGAUCUGUCCUGCAGGCUGGUCCAGAGUGAAGAGGACAGACUGAAGUUAUCCAAGGAGCUGGUUGAAGAGAAAAUCCAGACAAACAAGAUGAGAGAGCAGUACGAAGAGGAAGCAUUCCAGAUGAAAAACAAGAUUCUGAAUCAGGACGCUGUGAUAACAGAUCUGGAGCUGGAGCGGGACAAGCUGCUCAGAGAGCUGCAGUCGGCUCAGGCUCGUCUGCAAGUGAAGGAGAGGAGUGACGGAGAGCUGAAGGAGGAGUACGCCACCCUGAAGAGGGACUACCUGCUGCUGGCCGAGACUCGGAGCAGGGAGCGGGUCCAGAACCAGGAGCUGAGCGCCGAGCUGCUGGCUCUGGCUCGGGCCCAGGACUCGCUCCGCCGCCGGCUGGAGGAGCAGCAGCAGAGCGCCCAGAGCUCCAGCCGGGGGCUCCACGGCGAGCUGGACAGGGUGCGAGCUCUGAUCGGCCGCAUGGCGCAGGACGGGGUCAAGCCCGAGGAUCUGGCAGCUUUGGACAAAGAACAAAAAACUAUGGAAAAAAAUCUGCGUGGAAACCAAGACGAGCUCAGAGCCGCGCUGGAGAAAAUGAAGAGCAGCUACGAGGAGCAGCAGAAGAAGCUGGAAGAGAAAGUGGUGGUGAUGGGUAGAGCGCAGCAGGAGAGCGGCAGACUGAUCCACGUGGGCCGCCAGAGACUGUCGGAGCAGAGCGCGGCCCUGAUGUGCUCUCAGAGUCAGGUGAAGGAGGUAGAAGAAGAAAACUCUAAACUCCAACUUCAGGUCAAAGAGCUGAAUGAGGAGUACCGCGCAAGGCUGGUCUGCUAUUUACAGGACUUAUCUGAAUACAUCGACGGGGUUGGAAACUCUAACAAUGUGUCAAAGCAAGGAAAGAUGAAGACGUUUGUGGACGGCAUGCUGGAAGACGUGCGCUCGUCCUACAGGCUGAGAGAGGAGCAGCUGGCCUCGGCCGCCCGCUCCUACAGGAAGAGGCUCCAGAAGAUCAUCAGAACCCACCAAGCGCUCAUCAUCGCAUACAGGGUGCAAAGGGAGCAGAUUUUGUCAAAACCGGACAGCGGUUUGGACCCUGGCCCUCCAGAAGCCCAGUUCAGCCUGGAGCCCGCUGAGCUGAGAGAUGAGGUGGAGAAGGAGCUGCAGGGCCUCCGGCGGGACGAGGCCCGGCUGGAGGAUCAGCUGCAGAAGGCCGUAUCAGAAAUGCCUGUACAGAGCCUGAGCAGUCCGGGGCCUGAAAAAGUGGAGCGGAUCUGCGAGGCGUCCUGGACGGACAUGAGGGAACAGCUGAGGGAGACGACACACUCCGCUCUGGUGGAUCUAGAGAAGGAACGCGCUCUUCUUCUCUCCAGAGCCACGGCGGCCGAGGCGGAGGUGCUGGAGCUGCAGGAGUACAUCGACAACCACCUGAUCAGGUACAAAGAGGAGAUCACACGUCUUCGCAGACUGCAUGAGACGGCAGAGGCGAGGCGCUCUCAAAGCGCGCCGCUAUCAGAAAACCGGCAAAAAGAGACGUAA